GCAUUUGGCGGGGCCAAGACAUUUGAAGUGAUUUGUUGAAGGGCUUGCCCCAGGAUGGUCAUGGCUGCUCAGAGCUGCAUUUUGGAAGCGUCCUGGGCUUGUGGCAGCGAGAAUGCAUGCAAAGGAGUCGCAAUAGCAGAAAGAUUACAGGGGCCGCUCAGUUCAUCGGUGAUUGGGCGGCUCACCACGACGCUUCCUACCAGGAGCGGAAAGCGGAAUCUAUAUACGCAAUGUUGCAAGAGAAACCUUGCCUUUGCUUCGUGCACCGCAAAUUCCGGCUGCUCUACAGCACCGACCUUACGAUCGGGUGGCUUUUACUCGGGUGGUCUUCAAGACGUGUUCAAUGCGGCACCGCUGAUGGGCAGAAGAGCAAGCAGUCAAGUAAACAGGUCAACCUGCACAAGAGCAGUCAAUGCUGAGUUGCAGACUGAAAGCAAGCCCCAAUCUAGAGCUGACCCCAGCGUUGAAGAGGAGGUUGUCGUAGUCGGAGGGGGCAUAGCAGGGCUUUCAACGGCGCUGGCUCUCCAUCGGAUGGGGAUAAAGUCGUUGGUCUUGGAAAGCGCCCCGGGUCCCAGAGACAGCGGGGCAGCGAUUGCCCUCUGGAGGAAUGCGUGGCGGGCGCUUGAUGUGCUGGGGGUGGGGGAGAAGCUGCGGCAUGACUACAUUCUACUGGACAGGGUACAGUUGUGCACCAAAAAGGGCAAGGUGGUGCGCGAGUUUGGUCUCGACGAGGUGAAGGGCGGGCCCCACGAGUACCGGGGCGUACACAGGAGCGCUCUCCUGAAGGUUUUGGCGUCAGAGUUGCCAGAGGGGACCGUAAGAUACGGAACCUCAGUCCAGCAGGUACUGCCCCUUGACGGGGGACAGGGGACGGAGCUCAUUUUGGGAGGGGGCGAGCGUUUGUCUGCAAAGGUUGUCAUUGGCUGUGACGGCACCAAGUCCGCCGUUGCGCGCCACUUGGCGCUCCCCCAGCCGAACUAUGCGGGCUACUCCGCGAUCCGAGGUGUUGCAAAUUUUCCGAACGGACACAACCAAAAGAGCGCGGUGCGGCAGAUCUGGGGAGCCGGAGUCCGAGCUGGAACGUACCCCAUGAACCGAACGGACGUGUACUGGUUCACCGUGUUCAACAGCCCCGAAGAAGAGCCGUGUCCGAGCUGCGGACGCCACGGAACGGAAGCAGCAGGCGCUGGACUCGGUCGCGGGUGGGGGGGCGACAUUCUGAACAUUAUUCGAGCGACCCCGGCAGAGGCGACCACGAGGUCUGACAUCAGGGACAGAUGGACGCUGCCAAAGCCGGUCGGGGGCCAGUCGACGUGGGGGCGGGGCAGCGUAACGGUUGCUGGCGACGCUGCUCACCCCAUGACCCCCAACCUCGGCCAGGGGGGCUGCGCUGCGCUCGAAGACGCGGUCGUUCUAGCACGCGAGCUCGCAAAAGCGAAAGUCUCCAACGACACCAAAACGUCACAGAAUGGACACCGAGCAGACAAGUCAACUUCCCUAGAUCCACAAGCCGUUGAGGAUGUCUUGCGAAGAUACGAACGGGAACGGAUACCCCGGGCGGCCAAGCUGACCGUCCAGUCGUGGGUGUAUGGCACGCUCCUCCAAAUAGGGUUUCCUCCGGUCACUUUUGCCCGGGACAACGUGGUGGUGCCGUACUUGUUUCAGCCGGACCAUUGGCUGGACCACACGUUGUAUGAUUGCGGGGAGCUGCCCACGAGUUGAUCGAGACACUUGAUAUGUAGCAGUAUCUUGCUCGGCUGUUUGCUUGACCUGGGAGAUUCAGAUCAAGAGUUGAUUGUCGGAGCAUUGAACCCCGCUCAGCUUGCCAAGCGUUCGGCUGACGUAAAGUGCUCUGAUAAUGGACUUGAUUGACAAAAGAUGCGGGUCAAUGGCCGGGCUUACUGGAUGCACAGGUUCAACGAGAGUUUCAGGUAGGAUUCUGG